AUGGCUAAGGGCUAUGUUGGUGUUGUUACGGUCGAGAGAGAGAGGAAAAAGAUAGAGGAGACGGUCACGCCUUUGUGUGAUAAUGGCUUACAAAGGAUUCAACUAAGGGAAAACGAAAGGAGAAGCAUGGCUUUAUGUGGUGGUGGCUUGUGGAGGAUUUGGCCAAGAAGGAAAAUGAAAGAGGAAACUUGUAGAGGGGAGCUAAGUUUCGGCUACAAUGAAGGAUGA